CUUGUCUCUACACAAGGCUGCCGGCACUGACGCAGCUUUGUUCCGUCUACACCUCCUGCCUUGCCACGCCUUCUCGCCGCUACCAUCUACAACAACUAGCUGCGCCUUGAAGAACAUAGGCAGAGACGUUCACUCUCUUGCGUUGGAACCCUCAUAGCUCCAGGCCAAGACCGACGGGCGAGUGCAAACGUCGCAGACACCCCAACAUGGGCGGCUUCGACUUCAGCAACUACAACAGGAAUGUGGCUCUCCACGCUCGUGGAGUGCCCCUGCCAAAGGCUACUAGCACUGGCACAACCAUUGUUGGGUGUCUAUACGACGGGGGGGUCGUGAUAGCAGCCGACACUCGUGCCACCAGUGGACCGAUCGUUGCAGACAAGAAUUGCGAAAAGCUACACUACAUCGCCCCACAAAUAUGGUGCGCUGGUGCUGGCACAGCUGCUGACACCGAGUUCACCACAGCUCUCAUCUCCUCCAACAUUGAACUCCAUGCGCUGUCCACAGGGCGCAAGCCGCGCGUUGUUACGGUCAUGACCAUGCUCAAGCAGCACCUCUUCCGAUAUCAGGGUCACAUAGGCGCCUACCUCGUCGUUGCUGGUUGCGACCCCACAGGCUCGCAUCUCUUCACCGUCCACGCCCACGGUUCCACGGACAAGCUGCCCUACGUGACCAUGGGCUCCGGCAGUCUGGCCGCGAUGGCCAUGUUUGAGACGAUGUGGAAGCCAGAAUUGACCAAGGAUGAGGCCGUCAAGCUGUGCUCGGAGGCCAUUCUGGCCGGUAUCUUUAACGAUCUAGGUUCUGGCAGCAACGUGGACGUGUGCGUGAUCACGCCGGAGAAGGCGACGCUCAUGAGGAACUACAUCAAGCCGAACGAGAGGGAGAAGAAGUUGCGGGACUACAGGUUCCCCAAAGGUACGACGGCGGUGCUGAAUGAGAAGGUGAUCACCAAGGAUGAGCUGAGCAAGUUUGUGACGGUGCACGAGCUGAAGGACGACGACAUCCCCGCGGAGGCCGAGAAGAUGGACGUGGACCCAUCAGGCGGUGGGUUUGGAAAGUAAGACAGCGAAACUUUGUUGGCGUUGAAACGUUCAAAAGCGGCGAGCACGUUGGGGCGUCACGGGAACAAAGGAUGUACAAUCGACAUUGCGUUAGAAAGAAAAGGCAAGGCACGUCCGGAUUGCUGUUCGGACUAGAUGGAUGUGUAACCAUAUUACCGCAGCAAGAAAUCACACAGGAGCAGCGAUUGCUCGUUCACCCAGCGCCCAUGAUGCCACCUACCACCAUUUCCCACGCUUCAGCGCAAGCUGAGAUGCGACGUUUCCUCGACCUACUCUGCUCCCGUUGCCCUUCCGUCCCACGCUUUCCUGAACCGAUCCGUCCGGCUGGCCCGCAAUAGCCCAAACUGCAUCCGUCUGGCUUUUGAACCCUCAUUCGUUAGAUUUUUUUUUCUUAAAAAAAAAAA